AUGGACGCCCGAAUAACCAUGGCCGGCCGAGAUCCCAAGUUCUGGCCGUCCCUAGACGCUCUUUCCGAAUGGGGUCUUGACGAAACGGUUUCCGAGGCCUCGUCGUCCAUCAGCCAGCAUAUAUAUACACAGCCGGAUCAGAGCUCUAGCACCACAAACCAGACGAGAUUCGGGUCUGUUUCGCAUUCCAAUGGCUCAACACUGGUACCGUCAACAACUAGCCCGAUUACUGCCAAGUACUCGCUUCCAUUGAGUUAUGCUCAACUGAUUGAGGACUACUCUGAAGACUGCUCUGAGUUAAAUAACCAGGUGUUCCUGGCGCUUGAUAAAUUCAAGUUCGAAAUCAUCGCGUCGAACCUGAUGAGCAGCGCUGGCACUCCAGCAAGCUCUGCGGCGGCGCAGACCAAAGUUCGGAUCAACGUCUGCGACGUCCCGUCGCAUCGGCUUGUUCACUCUCAUCGGGCUUUCCACCUGGCGCUGGCGCUACUGCACUUUGCUAGAAGAAAUUUGGAUCGCAUAAGCCCCGCGUGCCUGAAGCUGGCGACGCUGCUGGCAACGGCGAUUUUGGUUCUCGACCUCAACACAAAGAAAAUCGCUAUUCGCAUAUAUUUGCAACUGGUCACAAAUAAGCUGGACAAGUUUCUGCAGAUCAGCCACCAGCUCGACAGAACGCUUUCUUCUCACGUACGAACAUUUACAAACCUCGCGAACGACAAUCUUAAUGUGCUUCUGGGCGGAAAUGCCCAGAGUCGCCGUGUUGCCUCUCCGAUUCUGCUACAGGGUGUGCUCAACACGCUUCUGGCAACUACAAAUCAGAAAGUCGCCGCAAUGCUCCCGUUCGCCGAUCUCGAGUACCUCCACAGAUACCUGGACGUUUACCAGCUGGACCUGGGAAGCCAGGAUCUGCGGUUCGUGGGCGUGCUCAACUCCGAGGGGCUUGCCGACGGGCCUGGCCCUGUCCCGCUGAAACCCCUGCGACUGCGGUCAUUUUCGAGCGACUCGCCGCUCCAGCACAGUCCAACGUUCCCGCAGCCAAAAGCCGCGCCGCCGCCGCCGCUCCAAUUGGCGUCCAGUCCGUCGCGGACGUUCCAGUGUUUUAAAUAUCUGCGCAAGAUUUUUUUGUGUGUGCUGCUUGCGAUCGCAGAAAAUGCCCGCGUUGCGCGGACGGACGAAACAGCGCAGUUUGCCCGGCUGUGCGCCCGCAAGUUCAACGUGCCGCUUGCCAGCCACCAUCUGACUCUGCCGACGAAGCUGGUGCUUAUGAGCCAGGUUCUGCAGCAGCUGAUCGCUCUGCAACAAAGUCUGCAACAGGAGGUGGCGGCAGCAAAUGAAGGACCGCCGGUCGCAGAGAUGGAAGUAUCCUCGCCGGAGGAGCAGUCCCGAUACAAAGGGCUCAUUGGCAAAUUGGACUCAAUCAGCAACAGGCUGAGUGCGAUGGAGCUCAACGAGACAGAUUCUGUGGAGAAUCUGACACAGGUUGGCGCCUCGAUCAACGAGCUCGUCGACCUGUACAACGCCACAAUCGACGGUCUCAAGGAUGCGGACGUUUCUGUGCGCGCAACGCCGGUCUCGUCGCCGCAGCUGGCCAACAGAGAAUUUCCGCCGCCGAAAAAACGGCAUAGCAGCGGGCUCAACUUCAACUUGAUCACCGUGUUUGAGGACCAGGCGGAGACCAAAGACGUGGUUCACACGGAGCACGGCGUUGCAGAGCUGGGCCCGGCCGAGCAGAUUCCAGGUGUGCAGAGCAAGGAGGAUCUAAAAAAGACGCUGGAGAAGCUUUGUGCUGGAGAGCUCAGGGAGACAAACGAGACGUUUGAGUGCCGCGAAAACGACGGGUCGCUGUCGACGUCGACGCCGAUCAAAAGCGAGGAGAUGGACAUUUUCAAGAAAGAGCUCAAGGGCCUGUUGAUGAAUGCAUUGUGA